UUACGGGAGGGUCUGAGAUUACACGAUUCCACAAUUUUCAGUGUGCUUCACGAUUUCUGUCUCAUGUUCAUUGAAUUGAAUGAAAUUUGAUCACAGAAUUGAAUAAACUGAAUUUGUUGAGUAAUUAUUCGUGUUUUUGAACAGAUGAUGGAAUAUUUCGGUGUCAAAUAAUAGUUUGUACAUGAGAAUUUGACAAUUGUGAAAGAGUUUGUGACAUUCAUCAUAAAAGAUUGAGUUGAAAAAAAAAUUAAAGUGAACUUGAGAAUUAUCAGAGAGGUUUGUAAAGAUUAUUUUCCUGAUAAAAUUGUCAAUGAUGGAUUGUUGGACUUUAUGAAUCAAGUCACAGAGAAACAGAACGACAGGUCGAACAUUUCCAAAAGUGAUUUGAAAAUCGUGGCUCGUUGACACUCUGAUUGCAAUAAAAGUGCGUGAGACUCACACAAAUUUUUUACAUUCUGUGAUAAGACAUUUUUUCCUCUCAACCCUGGACAGUUAUUAUCAUUAUUGCGUCAUGCGUUAACGUUUUGGCGCUAUUUCUCCUUCUCAUCGGCACAGUUUCUGUGUUCUUUUGUCCCACUAGCCCUCCUAUUUUUGUGUAUCUCUCUGUGAGUGUGUGUGUCAUUUUUUUGCCCGGCAUCUAAUCGUUUGCAAAGCGCGUGUUGCCACUGUCUGAACACUAGAGGGAAAAACAAAACGUAAGGAGCCGGUGCAAUUUUCCACGCGGUGUGUGCCAGGGCCUGAAUAUGUCAGCUAAGCGAAAGGCCACUGCCAUCAUGCAGCACCACAAGGAAAAUAUUUCAACCCCAGAGCCCGCAGAUAUCACCGAAGACGAGCACUACUCAAGCGCGCUAAUGAAAGACGCUGAUAAACUGAAGCUGAUGCUGCUAGCUUGGAAUUAUAAUCUUCAGCAGCAGGCACAGGCACAGGCUGCUACAGCGGCAUUAUCACCGAAUAACUCAUCAACAACCACAGCCACCACCAUUGGCACACCUGUCACCAGUCAAUCGGCUAUAUCCACGGCAAACAACACCAUUAACAACUCCACACUCACAGAUUCGAGGAAUGGUAGUGCAGAACUCGGCGAGCUAUCCUCAGCCGGAGUACCAAGUUUGGGAUCAGUAGCUGGUAUGGGAAGUGAAGACAUGGCGUCAUUAUGGGCAUCAUACACAAUGGGUCUUAAAAAGACACCUCCACCUCCAUCAUCAAUGACACCAUCACGCUCAGACAGAGACAGAGAGUCGAGUCCCACUGGUGGUGAGGGAACUGGCAGUGCACAGGACGAGACAAGCAGCAGUGGAAAUAAAGAGGAUGAAGAUGACGACGAUGAGGACUCUGACGAGAGGCUGGACCCGAGACAUCAUGACCCUGAACGUCUCAAGGCAUUUAACAUGUUCGUUAGACUCUUCGUUGAUGAGAACUUGGAUCGUAUUGUGCCAAUAUCGAAACAGCCGAAGGAAAAAAUACAGGCUAUAAUUGACAGUUGUACGAGACAAUUUCCUGAAUUUGCUGAACGAGCUAGGAAGAGAAUAAGAACGUACCUGAAGAGCUGUCGGAGGAAUAAACGAGGAAGAGAAGGAGCACCUUGGGAUGCAGCGAGACCGACGCCGGCUCACUUGACCUCGGUACAGGCGGAGCAGAUUUUGGCAACGGCUUGUGAAAACGAGAGCGACAACGCAAAACGCAUGAGACUCGGUCUAGAACCGGUCUCACAGCCUAUGCCCACACUGCCAGCGGCAACGCAAACGGACGUGCGAGCGAGCCUCGAUCACUUCUCGAGUACCCCAGUAAAGUCACUACCUGGAAAAAGAGAGGAUACACCACCAACAUCGUUAACAUCCCUUGCACCACUGACUAGUUUGGCCAGUUUACCAAGUAGUACACUAGCAUCGACACCUCUUUCCCUAGCGCCUGCAUCCAAACUACUGACGCCCACCGAUAAUAACAAGGGUCUCAUGAGUCAAGCGACGAUAGUGAGCUCGUCGUCAGUGAAUGGUGUUGCGAGCGGUGGUGCACCAACAGCCAUGUACAGGCCCAACUUCAGUCAGGCAUUUCAACGUGCUGGACCUACAUCCGUACCACCUACACUCUCAGCUGGAUUGUAUCCAACCCAGAGUUUUACGUCGGGAUUAUUGAGCAACGGUACACAAAGACCAACAGAUCUCAGUAUGAAAAAUACAAAGCCCCUAUUAAGUCACAAACUGAAUGCAACGGAAAUGACAGCAGUCAGACAACUGAUAACUGGAUAUCGGGAGUCGGCAGCAUUCCUCCUCAGAUCAGCUGACGAACUCGAACAGUUACUUCUGCAGCAGCCCUAGAAUUACGUAUGAGUUGAAUGAACUAACUAUUGAAUACUCUCCAUAGGUGAAUAAACGACGAGAAUUGUUAUUUUUUAUUUGAUCGAGGAUGUUCCUGGGUCCCUUCUCUUCCGUUGAAAUGUUAUUUUCCUUCUUUACCGAUUGCCACAUCAUAGCCCAGGUAUCCACUACCAACGAAACAGUUUGCUGAAUUGAAAUUUACCGUUAACAAAUUUUACUGCAAGCAUUUUUCAGAGAAUUAUUUCAUUUUUUAUUGAAAAAAAAAACUAUGAAAAAAAAAAUAAACAGGGUGUAUAUACAGAGGAAUUACGAAUAUUUACUUAAUUAAUCGUAAGGGACAGAAGGAUAUAUGUGUAAUAAUGAGUGUGCAGAAGGAUUAGAGUGAUCACAAGUAGUUGGGCUUGGUCUGAUUGUGCGUCGAUUUAGAAUACGAACGAAAAAAUCCCCAAAGUGAAGCUGAACGCGACAAAAAUGAUCUUUCAAUUAAUAAUUUCGCAUCUAUUGAUGAUAAAAUACUUGUCUCAGUGAAUCAACAUGAUCAGAUGGAACAAAUUGUCAUCAUUGACUGAUGGCUGAAGAGCAAAUUAAAUAGAACACCUGAGCUGAUAUUAUAAGAGUAAAAGUCGAUAGUGUCAUUAUGAAUAAUUUGUGUAUUACUACAACAAAUUUAUAAUUAUAUUAUUACAAAAAUAAAAAUGUGUAGACGAUUGUGACGUUUGUGAUUGUUCAUCGAGAUUACAAUGACCGGGGACAAGAGAAUGACAAAAUUAAUAAACCAAACUGAAGGUGAAAAAAAAAAUUGAUAAAAUUAUUUGGGCGAUUGGGACCAUCUCGUCACGAUCGGACAAUACAUGAAACUGUGGUCACCAUAAAUACAUCACCGUGCUACCAAAGAACAGAAACAAUUCAUAAAUGCUAAAUACAUGAUUAAAGAACGUAGUAAUAAACAAUUAAGUCAUAAAUAAUAAAACUAGUUUUCUUUUUUUCUUUUAAAUACAUUUUAUUAUUAAUUUUUUUAAAGUCAUUUUUAUUGAGAGUUUAAUUGUGCGAACAAAAGGUACUUCAAAAGUCAAACAAAGGAGACAAAUGGAGAUAUAAUUAAACAAUUGGAAUUGGUUUCGUCCAAAUAAUCGUUAGCUUUUAUUCGAUUGUUGUUUUGUACAUAGUUUAUGUGUCGGAUGGAGUGCAUAUAUAAUAUUAAAUAUAGUGGCAUAACGUUUUAAUUGAAAAACAUUCGCUCCUUAAUGAGGUACCAAAACCACGAGGCGAAGUGAAUGAUAUUUAAAAAGAAGAGAAAUAUAUUACAGUGUAUAUUAAAUAUUAAUGAAACUAUUAUCGAAUUUCAACAGUGAGAUAACAUUCCACCUGACGUCAUGAUAAUAGAAUAGUUAAGUUGAAUAAAUUGAGCAAAUUGAGAAUUCAAACUUACAUCAGACUGUUUUUGUUCUCGAAAGUAAUUGAAAAAAAAAAUUAAAUAAAUAACAAUAACGUAAUUACUUCUUGAUUUCAUUGUGACAAAUGUAUAGGAGGUGAAAUUAUUGGAAAUUGUUGGAGAUUAUAUUGAUGAUAUUCGAUACAUAAUGUGAAAUUAGAUAUGUAACUAGUCUAAAAUAUUUGUUCAUUCAUAAAACGAAACAAUAAUUGGUGAAAAAUUUA